UAAACAUAAUAAUUAAAGUAAAAAUGUUCAAUAAAAGAUCAAAUAAGACGUGUAAACAUAAGAAUUCAAUUAAAAAGUCAAAUAAAAGUCGAGUACCAGCAUAAAGUACGAGUUAAAUUUAAAGCUAUUUAAAGAUCAAAGGUUAAAAAAAACGGUUGCUCUGCUGAGAACAAACGCUUUCAUAUUUUUUGGUUUUGCCUGCAGUCACCGCCUCACAAUGAGCUCUCUUGUUAUUGACCUGAGAGAGAAAGGCAUGCAGAGGGCAGUUGAUUAACAGAGCAGUGUGUGUGUGUGUGUGCGUGCGUGUGUGUAUGCGCGCGCGCGCGCGUGUGUGUGUGUGUGUGAUGAGGCAGGUUGGAGCUUUUUUCCGUCAGAGUGGACGGAGGAAUGCAGUCUAACUGGAUCUGCAGCUCCUUUUUUUCCCUCUACUGUUUGUUUUCCUCAGAUAAACAAAGAUGGCGGACACACGACGUAGAGUGACAGAGCCGGGCAGAAAGAAAUGGGUCGUUCCACAGAGAAGUCCACCUGAUGAAAAUAAACCGAGUGUUCGUCCUCCUGAAAAAGAAGCCGAGAGAAGUCUGGCGGUUCCUUUCAGAGGUCACAUCACAGGAGGGAUGUCUCCGGGGAAGAAGGUCGUCAUGGUCGGGGUCGUAGACUCUCGUCCUGACAGGUACAAAUUAAUCUAAUCUAAUCUUGCAUUUAUUAAUCCAUCUCCUUCCUUUGGUAUCAAUACUAACAGUGUGGAUAUGCAGAGAAUGGAUCUGAAUGAUUUUGAAGGACUCCUGAGAUGCAUCUCACUUUGGUUAAAUGGAUUCCUUGCGUCCCUCACUUGCGUUGUUUCCCUGCGACUAGUCCCUCCCACCAGGAAGAAGCUAGGGAGGAACUUGCUCUCCUUAUGAUUUGUUUCUGUUGCUCUCAAAUACAAUAUUGUGCUGCUGGGUUACCCAAAGUAGAU